AUCGCGUUUCGCACACCUUCUCGCAAUUCAUUCCUUUUUCUGCCGGGGGAUUUCAGUCUUCGGACUUCUCUCUGCAGUCUGCACCCCCGUGUUUCCCUCACUGGCCUCCUUUCUUCCUUCGUUUCCCGCCGGCCCUCCGUUGACUAUCUCCAAUUUUCCAGUCGCAAACGCCGUUCCGAGAAUUUUCGUAGGCGGCUCGCGUUCGGCUUCGCCGUUCGUUUUGGCUUCCGGGAAGUUGCUCCGCCGCUAAAGCAUCUAUUUGCCGCCAUCGUAAGCAGGCAAAAGCAUUUCGCGCCCCCCAUAACUUCCAUUCUUCUCCCAUGGCGCUGCCGGACGAUCUAUUUGCCGCCAUCGACAUGGGCACCAACUCCAUCAAGAUGAUCAUCGUCCAAUUCCACCCGCCGUCGGGCCGAUUCCUCACCGUCGCCCGCCACUCCGACCGUGUCUGCCUCGGCCGUGACUCCGCCGCCGCAUCAUCAAACUCCUCCCCGUCGAUUUCCCCCGACGCGGUCCUCGAAGCUCUCCGAUGCCUCCGCCAGUUCACCGAAAUCCUCCGCGCUCGCGGGAUCCCGCCUCGCCGAACCCGCUGCGUCGCCACUUCCGCCGUCCGGGAGGCCGCCAACGGAUCCGAGCUCGUCGAAGCCGUUCGCGCAGCCACCGGGCUCGACGUUUCCGUUCUCUCCGGGGAAGAGGAGGCGAGACUCGCCUACUCCGGAGUGAUUCAGUUUUUUCCGGUCAGGGAAAAGAGAGCGUUGCUCAUAGACAUCGGAGGUGGAUCGACUGAGUUCGCGAUUGGAGAAGGAGGGAUCGUCGAUUUCGCGACGAGUUUGAAGCUAGGUCAUGUGAGUUUGACUCAGCGAUUCGCUGGUGGAGAUGUGGUAGGAGGAAUGAGGAAUUUCAUCAGGGCAGCUGUGAAGGACUCUGGAUUGGUUCAGCAAGUGAAGAGAUUCGGGUUUGAGGUCGCUGUUGGAAGCUCGGGAACGAUUGGAGCAGUCGAGAAAGCAGUGUUUCAUGGCUAUGGCGAUGUCAACGUGGCAGCUGAAACUGACACGUCAGCUGAGGAGCUGUUGAGGAGGCACGUGAAGAGGGAUUGGAGAUUCAGCAGAGUGGAAUUGAAGAGAGUUGUUGAGAGGUUAUGUACAGAAGAAGGGCAAGAAGAGAAGGAGAUAAGAGAGGAGCUUUUUAAGAAGAGAUCAGAAUUUAUUGUGGCUGGUACUCUGUUAUUGGAGGAGAUAUUUGAGUUGCUUGGGAUUGAAGAAAUGGAAGUUUCCGAGUAUGCAUUGGGAGAAGGUGUCGUUGCUGAAGCUCUGAAGGAGGAAUUCAAUGAAGUUGGUUUCAAAUUGAAUGCGAAUCCCAGGUGGAAUUCUGUUGUGAGACUUGCUACCAGGUUUAAUAAUAAGAAGAGGGUUGAGAAUGGCGCUAGAUGUGCCGCCUUUGCCAAGGGUAUAUUUGAAGGCUUGAGGCACUGUGGUAAGCUCAUUGACUUGGGUGGCGAGGAUCUCGAGUGCCUUGAGGCAGCCUGUUUGCUUCAUGCCAUAGGGCUUUUCGCUGGUAAAAGGGGUUACCACAAGCAGUCUUAUCGUGUUAUCAUGGAAGGAAACCAUCUUUACGGUUUCAGUACUGAAGAGAUCAAGUUAAUAGCACUUCUGGCGAGGCAUCACACGAAGAAAUUCCCAAAACCUUAUCAGGCUUCUUUGGCCGAGACUCCAGAAGAGUUCAGGCAGAAACUUCAAGGUCUCUGUACUAUCAUUAGGAUGUCAGUAGUAUUGCAGAAGAACAAACGCCUGAACUUCGAAGAUAUGGAACUUUCACCUCUCGAUGGGGGAUUUAGACUGGUAUUGAAGCACGCAGGAGACCAACCUAUUUCGCUCUCAGAGGAAAUGAAGAAGGAUUUAAGGGGAGAACUUGAACACUUCAAAAUGGUAUUCAAGCAGCAAUUGUCAGUAGAUAUCCCAAGCAUUUCGGAAGCAUCAAAGAGCUGAGAAAGUAAUAGCUAGUGUUAUAAGGAUAAGAAGUUUGUUUAGCUUCUGGGAUUAAUGAUAACAUCUUUGGUUUCUGUACUGUGUUAGUUUAUUAUACGUAUCUUUGUAUUAUGAUUUUCAACGAAUGGUUACUAUUACUAAGCAUGUCCCUAAUGAUUCACAUGUCAUGUAUACUGGAAUUCUGCCUGGCCC